AUGUACUACUUUCUCUUCAACCUUUCCUUCACUGAUCUCUGCUACCCCUCUGUCAUAACUCCCCAAAUGCUGGUGAGUUUUCUGAAGUGGAACCUCAUCUCUUGUGUGGAGUGCAUGACUCAGCUCUUUUUCCUUGCCUUCUUUGUUAUUGAUGAAUGCUGCAGUUUGACAGCAAUGGCCUAUGACAGAUACAUGGCCAUCUGCAAGCCCCUGCUUUACAGGGUCACCAUGUCCCAUCAGGUCUGUCUCAUGAUGACAGGAAGUGUGUAUGCAAUGGGGUUUGUGGGUGCCCUGGCUCACACUGUGUGCAUGCUGAGGCUCAGCUUCUGUGACGGCAGCGUCAUCAAUCACUACAUGUGUGACAUACCUCCUCUCCUGAAGCUCUCCUGCACAAGCACCACUGUCAAUGAGCUGGUGGUCUUCGUUGUGGUGGGUGUCAAUGUAAUAGGGCCCAGUAUGACUGCACCACCACACCCAGCUGUCUUUAUUUCUUACACCUUGAUCAUCAACAUUUUUCUCAUCUGCUCCACAGGUGGCAGGUCCAAAGUUUUCAGUACCUGCAGCUCUCACAUAAACGCUGUUUCUUUUUUCUUUGGAUGCUCAGCAUUCAUGUACCUGAAGCCUUCUCUCACUGGAUCUGUGAGUGAAGAUAAAGUCUCCACAGAUUUUUUUAAACCUUCAUAG